UAAAUAAAUAUAUAAUAAAAAACCGACGUGAAAGCAACACGAUAGCUCCAGAGGUCAAUUUAGCUCGUUUCCAGGGUACUCCCGCUUCUUUUAACCCCUAAAACAGUACAACGAGCAGCCCCGUUCUUUGUCAGGAACGCACAGUCUUUGAUGAAUCGACUCUAUAUACUCAUAAAACUUAACUCUCUGCUCAUUUCUGUCAGAGAACCACCCUUUGAGCUCCUUACAAUGGCACCCUCUGGAAUCGAAAGAAUUGACAACGAUUCAGGAAAACUCCAGUUUGAAAACAGACUUCAUCCAGCAGACAUCAAGUUGUCGGAAGCCAUGGCCACUUCAGCUGCGGCGAUAUCGUAUCACAUGGGGCAAUACGAAAGUAAACUUGCAUCUCUACAGAGUAUACAGAUCAUGCUUGGACUAGGAUUUGGCAAAUCGCAAAUAGCCGAGCCCAAAGAAUGGACAGGAUGCCUUUCAACGUGUGUUGCUAUUCUUAUUCAACUUAUUUUGGUGUUUCCGAUCCUUGGGUUUCCCAUGAUUCCAUUCCUGCACGCCGGAAGUGACGUCUGGAACAAAAGAACUGUGAUCUUUUUUCUUGUGUUUCUCUGCUUGUUGACGCUGAUCGCCGUGAUGCCCACGGGCGCAGAAAAUCCCGGAUGUUGGCAAAAGUUUGUAAGGUGGUGCAUCGUAAAUAUAUAUCAGGUCAGGUUCAUCCGGGAACUGUUGGAAGUAAUUAACGUUGGCCCCACUCCUCCUCCGAUUCUUUACCUGUCUGACGGCGGCCACGUUGAAAACCUGGGCAUUUUACCAUUGCUGAAAAAGAGGUUGCAGAAGAUUGUAGUUGUGGAUGGUGGAGACUUAGAGGAUUUAGGGAUCGCAGGAGAUCUGAUCACCGCACUGAAAAAAGCUAGGGAAAAACUGCACUGUUCAUUCACUGGAAUGAACGGAAGAGACGUAUAUGAAGAUCUAAGGACAAAGGUAAUCGAUAGGCCAGCGAGAAAGCAGCCGAGAAGUUAUCGAUUUAAGGUCGAGUACUACGACUACACGGACGAAGGUGAGGAAAAGAAGGUUGGGGAAGGAGAAGUGCUUUAUAUUCUUCCACGCCACCCUAAAUAUGGCCUUUCGGGAGAGAGAAAGAGCUGGGGCGAGAUAACCGGUGACAUCAAGAUUGAUAUCGAGGCUGACUUGUGGGGGAGCGGACCUGAAGUGGAAACAGAAGAAGUGGAGCGUUUGACAUGUUGCUGUUGCGAGUGUUGUCAUUGUUCCCCGCUUCAGUUUUUAUCAGGAUCCCUUUGCGGCGCGUUCCCUUAUCAUUCUACUGCCAAUCAGUUCUUUACACCCGCCAUGUUCACUGCCUACCAUCGGGAAGGUUACCGCGCCUGCAUGGAGGCCCGCGCUGUGGAUUUUCUUUUGGGAUCUGAGGAGAGUUCCGAAUAAGUUUCCAUUAUCAUUUUCGAGAAACGAACAUUUGAUGAAAAAAUGAUUCAAAUUUACGGUUGAGAUAACAAUGACGGAUUUAAUGCUGCAGGAAAGCCGUAUUUACUACUUUUACUGCUUUUUAUUGGGGAAAUAUCCUUGAGGAAAGAAGCUGCCUUUUAACUUGUUACUGAGUCAGUUUCUUGUUUUAUUGUUGAACAGGUUAUAGUGCACAAAACAGUGGGAUUUAAAAAAAGCGUAAAGCAACUAAAUGAAAGCUUAGGUAGGGCUCUAAAGACGUUUAAUUUUAAUUGAUCCAUGGGAAAAGUCGUUUAUGUAUUACAACUGGCAAAGCUGAGAGGUUUAUUUUUCUGAAACGAUCAGAGUGAAGAUAGCAUCGCAUGCGUGUAAUAAUAAAAAAAUUAAGAUAUGUCGAACAGUGCUUGACGUUUCGAUGCUGUAGAAUACAUGAACUUCUAGUUUGUCGAUCUCUGAGUCCCACGAAUUUAAAUAAGUAUUAAAUCCCGAGCUGAAACGCGCUGUCUUUCUCCUAAGUGGCCAAGUGGUGCUAUAUUCCACUGGAAUUUUCGUUUUCUGGCUGUUGCAGCGUUUUCAGGCUAAUUUAGAUUUGCUCCAAGCUGUUUGGCUUUUCUGAUAGGGUUGUUACUUUUGAUUUGAGGAAGAGUUCGAAAUUUCUUCCUCUGAGCUAUAACAAAAUAACAAACGCAUUUGAUUAGAAUUAUUUUGUUAAUGUCAUCCAAAAUGGCGGCGAUGAUAUCACAUCACAAUCAAGAAUAAUAUAACAGAAAUGGGCCACGUUCGACAUGUCAAUAUUCUAACAUGGCUCCGAGGCUU